AUGGAUCGAGUUCAUAUCAAGGAAACUAUUCGUGGUUUACAUGCCGCUCACCCACAGGUGUCUCACUUUACUAUUUGUUGCAUUUCUGCGUUUAUUGGUGAAACAGGUAGCGUAAAAUGCACAACUCUUUCCAUUUUUUUCUUUAAUUUUCGUAUUAAAUUUUUAGUGUAUACUGGAGCCCGAAUGCCAAUCUAUGAAGUGAUUAGAAAUAACGUCUUUCAAAUGCCCCCGGCCAGUGACACGGCUCGAAAAACCCGAUUUGUAAUCAAACGGGCCGAUGACACGCCUUCCUCGGAAUCGUUUUCACAGGGUUAUGUUCUGCGUGCAGCCGCUGGUGGUAUAAUUUCUGGCGCGUUAGCCCAGUUCAUUUGUAGCCCCACUGAUCUCUUAAAGGUUCGGUUGCAAACUGAACAAAGAAAGAACAUUGUGUCAACAACGCCAGUAAUUGACGGCAGCGGUAAAUCAAUGCCAAUCGAUCCUGCAACCAAACACCCAAACAGAUCCACAACCAGAGCGUCGUUGACGAUGCGGCAGCUGAUCAAGGAGGGUGGUGUGCUGGGCUUGUGGCGUGGCGGCCUUCCGAACGUUCAACGAGCCGCUCUUGUGAACAUGGGUGAGAUGACAACCUACGACACCGCCAAACGCUGGCUUCAGCGGAGAUUUGGCUUAAGGGAUGGGCCUAUGUUGCAUGGCUGUGCCUCAGUAAUGUCAGGCUUUGUAUCCGCUUGUCUGGGAACUCCGGCCGAUUUUAUCAAGACCCGUAUGAUGAACCAGCGCCUAAUGACAGCAUCUGGCGCCACCCUUCCACCGUUGUACACCGGGAUGAUCGACUGCACUGUCAAGGUGGUAAAGCAGGAGGGCUUCUUCACCCUCUACCGCGGGUUUUUCCUCAUUUGGGGUCGCAUGGCUCCAUGGUCCCUGACGUUCUGGCUCACCUACGAGAAGAUGAGAAUGUUUAUAGGAGCCGGAGGCUUCUAG